CACUGAAACGUAGAGUCUCGGACCUGUGGGGAAAACCCAUGCCUUAUCUCGGUCUUUGACGUGCUGAUUGACCAAUAAAGAAUGAGAAAGAAUUAAGCCCCGCCCACUAGGCCGAGCCAAGUGGACCAAUUGUGUUUGGAGACUGAGCAAAACUCUGAAGAUCUAGGUAGGAGAACGGAAUAAGGCGAGGAAAAAUAACAGAAGGAAAACAAAAAAAGUUGGCAUUUUGUAGAGGUGUGGACAAUGUUUCUUAUUAGAUUCAAAUUUUGAUCUUUGUGUAAUUUUUUUUUAAUUUGGUGUAUUUUGUUGAAAGGGAAAUAAAAAAUUCCUUCUUCAAAAAAAAAAGUUGGCAGAAUCAAAGAUUUUCCUCGUUCACCCUCCAUUCGGCUGGAAGAGAGACGCCUUUGGUGAUGUGUUCCUAUUCGGAGUAUGUUAUGUGCUAUAUGUCCCUGACGGGACCUGAGUGAGCAGUGGGAAUCAGAAACUUCAGUUUUCCUCAAGUGAUUUCAUGUGGAUAGGAUAUCUGCAUGAUAGUUGUUUCCUAUGACAUCAAAAAAUGAACAAGAUCUUAUUGGCUACAACCAGUUUCCUUGCCUAUUCCAUACAUCAAUGUGGGGAUCUAUCUUGGCUUCAGUGAAAGAACAACUCCCAUCUUUUGAGUCAGAUUCUUCCUCAUCAGAUAGUGAAGAUGGGGAAUUAUUCAUCUUCCAGCGAGAUGAAGAAAAUUUGAUUCCGGACUUAACUGAAGAACUAGCAGAUGACCCAGAUAUCCAGUUUCUGGAAUCUGUGACCAACACUGAAAAGAACUGGAAUGAAAGGAUAAAGGAUUCAGCUAUUUUUGAAGGGAAGGAUGCUAGUGAGUUUUUGGUGGUUCGCCCAGCGUUUGAAGACACUGAAGAAAUUUCAUCAGGUUCUCAUCUCAAGGUUCCUAAAGAAAGUACCAAGUGGCAGAAAGGAGACACCUGGGAUUUCUUUAGAUCUAGGGUUCAGGCUCUUAUCAGGGGAUCACAAGUGGAAGAGUUCCCAACUUUAACUUGUCCAACAGGUCUACUAACUGACAAUUUAAGAAUUUGUAAUUUUUCUCCCUCUGAAGAGUCAGAUUCCACGAGCAUAAAAGUUAUCAGAAAAGAGAGAAGAAAGAUGAUAGAGAAGAAUAUACUUCAUAAGGAAAUUAAGAUGUCUCCACUUGAAAAUUUAAAUCGUCGACAAUUCAUAAAGCCUGAAAUCCAUGAAUCCUCAGAGUCAGUUGGUAUAGAAGAAAAGAUGCCAGCCAAACAUGAAGGCUUGACACUACAGUAUCUUGAGAAACUCGAAGAGUGGGAUUUGGAUAAGAUACUUCAAAACCUGGAGGCACAAAAAGGCCAGGGAAAACGUAAAACAGGAGCUACAUAUUGGAAAGUUCCCUCUUCUUUUAAAGGCCGAGGAAGUCUUACAUCCAACUCUCAGGAAAAGCUUAUGGAGCAGCUAGUAGCCCUAUGUGCCAAACAGUCUCAAAAUACUUUACCUAUACCACGUGAGAAGCCUUCUGACAAGCUUCUCUACCCUAUGGAGGACCAGAUCCAAAGCAGAAGUUCUUGGUGUAGAUCACCCCUAACCCCUGGGCAGAGUCAAGAUAUGGCUAAAGACACAAAGCUGAAGUGGCCAGUGGAGCCUCCUACAGUUUUCAUUGACCUUAGGCAGCCUGAGCCAAAGAAAUCAGUGCUUCUGCCUCUGUCAGACUACAGAUUCCAGAAUCAAGAAGAUGAGCUAAGCUCUAGUGACAGUUCCACGGAAAAUGAGGAGGAAACUCCAGAUGUGAGAGAUGAGAAAGGAUCCAGAAAGAGAAUGUCCCAAAGAAAGAGGGACCAGACUGGGAAAAGUUACCUGCUACAACAGCUCCGUGCUUUCCAGAGGGAGACUGCUGAGGCCCGUGGCCCUGAAACUAAAGUGACUGCCCAGCAGGGUCAUGGUGCUCAGAAUCCUGAGACUUCUGAAGAUGUGGCCAUGUUGGGAAUUGGGAAAAAACAACCGAAAACAAGUCUGGGGGGAUCCAAACGCCUUCCUCUUCCAGACCCGAAGGCCAAGCAGAGAGGAGAAAAGCAAAAAGGCACCAGCAGGAGUUCAGACUCAGAAAGCUUUGUUAAGGAUCCAGUAACUCCUCUGAUCAAAAAAAGAGAAAUCUCCAGUUGGAAGAAGUAAUGUGGGAUGUUAACUGUCUGCCUAACUUUUAAAAGUAUUCACCAACAUGAAGCCUGCAACUUCCCUCAAAGAAGUAAUUCGAAUAAGCGGUCCCUUGGCACAAGAUGAGUUGACUUCAUGGAAGGGAUAGAGAGAGAAUUUCACAUCAGUCUCAUGCCCUGCACUAGAUAAAAGCUCCUGGAUACAAAUACCAAUGUAAUAUAUUCAAUAUCCUGGCAAAGAUCAGAACCCUCCAACGUGACUACUUAUACCACCAAGAAGCCGUUAAGCUGUUUCAUUGACAAAGAAGGCCCUGUUUUCCCACAGUGAUCCAUGUGUUUGCAGGCAAAUGAGGAAACCCAUCACAGCCUUUGACACUUGCCAGGUUCUGAGAGCAGCAAGAGCCAUGGCCCAUCACACAUUGAAUAUGCUCUAACCAUGGCUCUGUUUGUGCAUGAGCUAGGGAAGCAGCAGAAGACCCAGCUACCAGCUGAAUAAAUACUAGACUGAGGAAGGAUUUUUAAACUAGUUUCCAAGUAGAAUAAAAGAAAACCAGAAGGGGACUUGUAGUUUUGACUGUGACCAGACUUUUGAAUAGCUGUGGCUUCCCUGGGUCUCCCACAACCUCGCCCACAUCCAUAGGGAACUCUUUGGCCUGAUGGUUUUGUCUGAUGUUAGUAUUGAGCUGCCUGACAGUCCACUACCCUGGCAAUCAAAGGCUUCUUCAAGUUUUUAUAAAAUUCCAUUCUUUUUUCCUUUAACAUUAGAAAAUAUAUUAAAUAAUAUAUAUUUCUCAAAUAAGUAGAAAAUAAACUUUUCAAGUUCAACACA